CUGCGGAAGGCUGGUCAAGUUUGGAGCCACCGAGCAGGAAGAGAAGAAGAGGAGAAAGCUGAAGGCUCUCAGUGAGGGGAGAGAUCUGGGGAAGACAACAUCUCAAGCAGCCAGCCCUCGGCUCCCCUCCUUCUCUCCCUCCGGGCUCGCUCGCUCUCUUCCCCCUUUCCCUGUGCUCCCUUCUCCGCCGACAUCUCGCUCCAUCCCUCUUUCUCUCUGUCCCUUCCCUCGCAGACUCCACUCCAGAUCUGUGCUGCUACCUGCAAACUUUUUUUCUUUAUCUUUUUUCUUUUUCUUUUCGGAGUGGAUUCCCUUUAAAUCAGCAAACAAGUAACUGCCGCUUUUGCAUCUUCUUCAUCCCGCGGGUCCUUCGCCCACCGGAGAGGCGAUGCCACGAGGGUUUUAACUCCUUUCGGCCGCAACUUGGGAGACAGCUGUAUUUCCCCACCCCCCCUUUUUAAAUUUUUUUUUAAGACCUACCCUUUUAGUUUCGCAGCCAAACGCUCUUAGUGCCGGGGGUGUAGAGUUUGAUGAGUGGCAAUGUGUAGCAAAGCGAUCCUAGCACUCCUGGUCUAUGGCAUAAUAAUGCACUGCAGCGUCUACUGCUCACCUGCGGCUGGACUCCAGUACCCGGCGCUCAGGCUGGAGGAUGAAGUCUACGACGAGGACGGGAACACUCUGCAGGACUUCGCCUAUGACCACGAGCCCCUCGGUAUAGCGAGCCCGUCCUCCAUGAUAGGCGAGAUGUACACCUUGUACUACCCGCCGGAAAAGAGGCACGCCGACGGGAUCUUCAACAAAGCCUACAGGAAACUCCUGGGUCAGUUGUCUGCGAGGAAAUACCUGCACUCCCUGAUGGCCAAGCGGGUCGGCGGUGCCAGCAGCGGCCUGGGGGACGAGGCGGAACCGCUCAGCAAGCGGCACAUAGACGGCAUCUUCACGGACAGCUACAGCCGCUACCGGAAACAAAUGGCUGUCAAGAAAUACUUAGCAGCCGUCCUGGGGAAAAGGGUCGAAGACAUUAAUUUUCACCAUUUGCUACUGUACAUAGAGAAGGAUGCCCUGCUCCCAGGGGAUUAUGAGGAAAAUGAUUUGGGAGAAUUGCUGAAGCAGAUUCUUCCCCCGGUGAGUCUCAAGGCAGGCUCCUUUGCCACUAGCCUCUCUGAAGGGGCCCCGUCCCCUUUGCUCUAGAUUUCGAUUUCUUUCUGCUUUCUUUGAUUCCAGUUGUAUCUGUAUUAGUGUCUCCUCGAACAAUGAGCUUAGACGAUAAUUCUCUUGUGGUGAAAACAACAGCUCGAUCCAAAUUGUGCAUCUCUGUUGACUAGUGAAGGGAGAAACAGUUAAAAUCCCCCAGCGACACCCCCCCCCCCAAAAGAAAAAAAAAGCAGAAACCAAAAAAACAGCCCUCCACCUCCUAAAUCCCGACCCAGCAGCUGGGAUAGCAAGCCCCGUGCGCUGUUCUCCUGGCUGGCCGGGCAGAGUUGCAGAACAAGCCAAAGCGGAGCGAGGGGCCGUUUGGGAAGAGCGGGCAGGAGCCGAGGGGCGGCCCCGGGGCGCGCCCGGUGCCGCUGCCGGUGCCGCUGCCGAUGCGGCGGGGCGCAGGCAAGGCGAGGCCACCCCACCUCCGAUCCGCUACCCAACUGCCCCGGCAGCUCGGUACUGGACCUGGAUGCAAAGUACAGUGUGUUACUCUCCAGUGCUGUCCAUGCUUCUCAUCAUGUGUAACGGGCAGGGUUCUCGCCUUGGCAUUUUUCGGUCGGAGUUGCUCUUUUCUUUGACUGUUUUUUCUUGUAGCCCCUCCCGCCUCUCAUCCACUGUUUAACCCACCUGAGUCACCUUUUUGGAUUAUGUUCUUUUGGGGAAAAAAAAAAAAAAAAAAAAGAUUGUGAACGCUCUCUCACUCCUUUGUUCUGUUUUAUGCAAGCUCUUAUUGUAAAAGUUUAGGAACCCCUGUUGUAGCUACCACUAAAUAAUUAUGCACUAUUACUAAAGUUUUUGUUCCUUGUUUAUUGAGUUUGGAGGUAAAAUGUAUUUUUCUACAUUCUGGCUUAUUGCUUAGUAAAAUUUAUUUCAUAAAACAAACUUUUGUCAUAAAAGAAUGUGUAGUGUUCACCUGUGGUCCGGUUUCUAACGAGAUAAACCAUUUUCACCUCAUCUCUCUAUGUACGGACUCCUAUCUUACCUUGCUCCCGGGGGACAGUAAGCAGCGGCGCACGCAGCCGGGGCUCGCCCCGUCCCUCCUCCCGGGAAGGUGGCGGAGGAGGACACGUAGGUACAAGCUUCCUUCCAGCUCGCCCCACAAACCUUAGCGGAGUCUUUUUCCAAAGACACAAACCGAGCCCCGAAUUCAAGACGACGAUUGCUUGGGAAAGCGAUCCCCCCAAAAGGUCGCGGGGAAGCCCUGCCAGGAGCGCGCCUCCUCCUCCCGCCCCGCUGCGCGGCCGCGGAGGGAGAGGCUCGCCCCCGCAGCCCCGGCGGCAGGCGCUGCCUGCGCUGCCGACACCGCCUGUCCGGGCUGCCGGCGCUGCCGGCCCUGCCCGCGCCGCCCUGCGGGCUGCCUGCGCCGCCCGCGCUGCCUGCGCCGCCUUUGGGGCCGCCCGCAGCGGCCGUGCGGGCAGCGGCGGCGGCGGGGGGGCUCGGCGGGGCGCGGGCUGCAGCUUUCGUGCCUUCUCUUCACCUUGUAAAUCGCCACGAGUUCGCGGAUGGCUAUUCAGUGGCCCUACGAUGCUGCAACACAUCGGCUUGCGUUUUAGUCGUACUUCUUCUGUUCUUCGGCGACGGGCAGAGUUUGCUGUGUUUGUGUCGGCUGUGGUGUACUGGCAUAGGGCUCUCUCGGCGUUUUGUUUAUGACCUUCUCCGCUCGAGUUCCGUGGCUAGUUGCAAGCAUUUCGAAGUGAUCACCUAGGUUAUCCUUUGUAUACUUUUUAGAAACGCCAACAGCCUUACCAAAAUUUGAGCAGAUUUGAGAUGCAGUGAUAGCUUAGGUAGAUGUUAGUCUUGGAGAACUUAUUUUGUGUGCAAAUGAAUAUAAAAAGAACUUAAAGUAUUAUUACACACAUGAUAUCUAUAACUAGGACUUUGAUAACUGUUAUAUAAAGUGUGUAAAGUUUGUAUUAAUAAAUUUUUGUAAACAAUGCAA